GCCGCAUAUAGGGACAUCCAUUGAUUCUGAAGAGCAUCCUGCGAAGAACCCAUAGCCCGGAGCUGCACAGGCAUUGGCAUCCAGCGCAUUCGAAUUAGAGACUCCCUGCAUCUUGCGCCCGCGAAUCAAUUGCAUCAGCUUAGCCAUGGGCUUCACCACCGGCUUCCUUGGAGGCGUCACCCUCACCUCUGCGGUCCUCUAUCUCACAAUAUCGCUGCACACGCAAAACCGCGCCACACAAGCCGCCCUGCUACGGCAACAACGCCAGGUCCUCGCCGACUUCUACGAGCCCAAGAAGCCGGAGCCGGAGCCAACAAGCCGGGAAGCGCCUGUAGGACUGGCCGAGAUGGCAAAGGAUCGCUGGAACCGGAGUCUCGAGGAAGGAGUCAAGAAGGUGUAUAGCACAGACUGGAGGAGGGUGCGCGAGAACGCCGAGGAUAGAGCGAGCGUCAUUCUGCAGAGAAUCCGGGAGAGCACCAAAUGAAGGGCCGAGUAAAUGAGUAAAUGGGCAGCCGAGGGUAGACUGGGCGCAUACUCAAUCGAGGCGUGCGGCGGCGAUAUCCCGAGUGCAAGUGUACAAAUACGGCGGUGACUUUGUGAUGAUGAGCAAGUAUAGACUUAUUAGGUGAAAGACCAGAGCAUCUUAUUCACCACCGCAUGAGGGUAGGCUGUGCAUACGAUUUCUUUGUCGCUCCAAUAUCACUUCUCAAU